AUGCCGUCGCCGGACGCGGCGGCGAGGCACACGGGCGCCGGUGUGGCGCGUCGGCAGGCCCACCACGAGCGGAUGCGCGACGAGCGCGCUCGGGAAGCGGCCGCGGGCGACGCGGAGCUUCCGCCGGAGGACGACGCGGUCGAGAUGGCGAGCGCCGCCCACGUGCUGGACAGCGUGGCGGAGGUGGGCCCGAACUACACGCUGCUGCGCAGCAAGGAGACGAAGGCGAAGCGGCGGAAGCGACAGCGCGAGGAUGCCAGGGCGGCGCUCGACGGCCACACUGUCCUGUCCACCGGAUCGCGCCUCGAGAUAUUCUGCGACAGCGAGCGGUGGUACCCUGCGACCGUCAUGGCGCGGGAGGAGGACGGGGACGGGACGGAUCGCGGAGAGGAUGACGAGCAGCAGGACGAGGCUGCGCGUGGCGAUGAGCGGCCGAUGCUAGCGCCCCACGGGCCGGCGCUGUCGGCGCACCUUCGGGUCGUGCGCCUGCGGCUGCGCGAGUUCCUGGCGGCGCAGGCCGCGGCGGGGAAGAGCGUGCCGAUGCAGCGGACGGCUCUCGGUCUGCACCCGACGAUGCGGUGGACGAUCCGCUUCGGCAAGUGGCUGGCGACGACGCGAAUCACCGCGCCGAGGGCGAGCCGGUGGCACGCGACCGAGCGGGGCGACGCGCGGGACGAGGAGCCGACGGUGCGCACGGGUCGCGGCGAGAACACGAUCUACGUCGCGCUGCAGCACAUGAAGAACCACGUGUGGCGCGUAGGAGGUGGUGGAUGA